AUGAGGUCGGAGAAGCAGGCGGAGGAAGAUCUCAUGGCGAGAGCCGCAGUGGCGGCGGAGGAGCUUUACGACGUCCGCGACUCGUUCUUCCCUGCCGACCCCCUCGAGAAGGACUCGAGGCUCCGGGCACUUUCGGACGCGGCACUCCACCUCCUGGACGCCGUCCCCGAAGGUGGUCCUCCUCCUUAGUUCUACGACUCCAAUCGAGGUUUUUUACUUCAUUUAGCUGCUCCCGGUCAUUGGUGGAGUUCUGUGACGAAUACUCUUUCGAGCGAUUGUAUUGUAUCCUUAUUGUCGCAUCGAGAGCACCCUUGGACCAAUGCUAAGUCUGGAACUCCUUGGACGAAUGAUUCUAUGCAUUGGCGGGAAAGUGAAACCCUUGCAGUUGCAUAAAAUUUUUGAUAUAUCUUUUUUUGGAAAUAGAUGUCUGUUGUCGGCAUUUGGAAUGUGUAUUAACUUCUGCUGCAUCAUGUUUUACCAUGAUUACUGCAUUAAAUUUUACGUGAUCUAUUAUAGUCUGGUAAUAUGUAAAAUAUUGAUACAUGUAAGCAUUGCGUGGAGGGUGCUGUUGCAACUGUCAGAGUGCAGGGAUGGUGCUGGUAUUUUGUAUUUUUGAAUAAGUCUGCGUGAUGGUUACACUUUAGUAGUGUCAAUGAGCCGGAGCUAAAACAUGUUGGCUAAGUAGUAAAUCUGCCACGAAAUAAGACUGUUAAGACAUUCUGACACAAAGUUGAAUGACUGCACUAAGACGGAAACAGAUACUCCAAAUUGUGAGCUUUCACUGCUGGCAGGCUUAGUGGGCUCUACUGAUGAACGCCACUUCGAAGCUCAUACAACGUAAAUGAUAGGAGCAGUGACGUGUUGCAACCUGGAGUGAUGGCACACUCUUUUGGCAAACUGAACCACUGACACAGGCUAAAAUUCUGUUUGGUGGACAACGUUCUCACUUUUCAGCAGCUAGCAUCUCAAGCAUUGCAGUAAGCAAAUUGUGUCUAAAAACUCCAUAUUUUUUUAUUUAUCAUUUGGAGUGUAUUCUUUUUUUAUACAAGUCUUUUUGAAGCUCAUAUUAACUUGAUCCCCGUGAUGAUCCUUGAGAGUAUUUGCUCCUCAUAGUUUCUAAGUGAAAGCCUUUUAAUGUAGGUGACGACAAUUUCGCCAAAAAAUUAUGUCAUAGUUCUGAAUCGUACAUAAUUAUUUGUUUGUAUUGAUAAACUUCACUUUUCUGGUUCUUAUGUGAAUUCAUUGGCUACUUAGCUGUCCCAAAUUUAAUCUCCCAGCGUAAUUGUUUCUCUUCCUUCCAAUUGUCAGAAAAAAGGAAGUCACCACUGCAACGUGCAUCUUUUGAAUAUCUCAGGGGAAAAAUACUUGAUGUGUUUCCUGAUUACAGGAAAGAAGCAGAAGAUCAUCUGUCAAAAGCUGUAUGUAAUGAUUAAUAGUCUUCUGGAGUUUAUUGCAAAAAAUUUUACUCAUAGAAUUCAUUUCAAUUCAGAGUUGAUUUUGAUUCUCCAGGUAAAAUUAAAUCCAUCUCUUGGUGAUGCUUGGUUAUGCCUUGGUAAUUGCAUUUGGAAGAAGGGAGACCUUCCUUCGGCAAAAAACUGCUUUUCUCUAGCCCUGAGCAAGGUAGAAAUGCCCCAAUAAAAUCUUCAUUGUACAAAUUUAUCAUUUUUCUCUGAAAUAUUUGGCAUGCCAGCAUUUUUCUGAGGAAAUAAUAGAAUAAGAUUGAUCUGAUCAAUGCAUUUUGUAUAAUGCAGGGGCCAAACAAGAAUAUACUGUGUCAGUUGUCAAUGCUUGAACGAAAACUGGCUCAAGGCAAUAAUCAUAUCCCUUAGAUUAGUCCUUCUAAAUCUUAUGGGUCAAUGAUGCAUUGAUUUCAUGUCCAUGUUGUAUCGACUGGUUGAGCAUGGGAAGGCAUAUAUAUAUAUACACACACUCUUUACUUUCACCUUCAAGCUGAAUGACUUUUGAUGGUUAGGGGCCAAUUCACGUUGACCAAUGUAACCAGGUUGUUUAUAUCAAAUUAAGUGAUCUGAUGCUAACAAUGUCAUUGGCAGUUUGUUCUGUUGUCCGGGGAGACGGCCAUUCUGUUUCAGAUGUUUUUAAGCUAGGCCCAUAAAUGUAUUCUUAAGCUUCUCUUUUUAGAUCCUGAUCUUUUUGGAUUUUUUAUUUGUCCUUAAUUCAUAGACUCCGAAAGCCAGGCCGAAGGAGUUGAAGAAAGCGUCUGUCUUGCUAAGAAAGCUAUAGUCUUGGAUGUUAAGGAUGGAAAUUCUUGGUGUAAGUUAUUUAUUGUUCUACCACAUGAUUCAAAAUUGUACCUCUAUUUUUCCUGUAAUACUAUGUAAUAUCUCUUCUUCUGCUGAGCUUGUCUUUUAAUGUUGAGGGUGGUGGUUUUGUCUCUUUUUGUCAUCUAUACCCAUACUGGAAAUCUGUUGACACUCGAAAUUUAUCAUUUUCUAUGCAUUUAUUUGAGUAUAUCAAUAGAUUGCCUAGGAAGUGCUUGUCUCACCAGCCUUUUCGUGUUUUAUGCUUUUUUUUUUGCGACGUCAACAGAUUGCUUGGGAAAUGCUUGUCUUACUAGCUUCUUCGUGCAUGGAGGAUGGGAUUACAACAAACUUUUGCAAGCAUUGAAGGCAUAUCAGAACGCUGUAAGAGUGUGCUCAAAAUUUUCACAAUAACCUGGACAUAUUUAAGAAUAAACCUAGUUUCUUGUGUGUAUGAGUCAUCUUAAUGGUUACAAAGAAGAUAUCUACGUUUCACGUUGCUUGAGAAAAAUAUAAAAAUCAUCUGUUUCUUUCUAGUUGAGCUAAUUUUCAGUGGUUAAUUAUUUCAGGAAAAGGAUGACAAAAUGAAGCAUUGUCCAGAUCUCUAUUUCAACUGUGCCACUGUGAGUUUUUUAUUUUCAUAAUAUACAUGAACUGUUAUAGAAAUAAGAUCUGCUAUGCAAUUGGAUGUGAAGUGCAGGUUCAAAUGGCUGCAGGAGAAUUAGAAUAAUUAACCACGUAAUUAAUUUCAGGCCAAUAAAUAUCUAGAAAAUUAUCAAAGGGCUCUUACUGGAUUUGAAGCUGCUGCUCUGAAGGAUCCAGGGCUGAAUGCUUAUGAAGAAGUUCGAAAAAUAGUUAAUGUGCUCGACAAACUUGAAAGUUCCAUGAAGGUAAUACAUGUGCGCCUUCUAUACAAACAUGUCAAACAUUUUAUUUUUUUAACCCUGUACGUUUUUAAUUCUACUUUUCAUCAAAAGAAUACAGUUAUUAGGAAAAUAACGAGGGAAGCUCUUUCGUGAAUUUCCUUAAGAAUCUGGGACAGCAUAAAUGUCAUGACCUCUAAUGGAGUAUCCAUUAAAGAAUGUAAACUCUCUUUUCGUUCUAUUAAGAGUUAUAAUCCUUUUUUCAUAGUACUUUAGCCGAUUUUCUUCUCUGCUGAUGUGUCAUCUGAUUUCUCUGAGCUAAAGUCGGUUGGAUGCCUGGAUUUCUUUCUAAACACCUUCUGAGAUUCAUGGUGAGGGUUGACCAUGUCAACAUAGUAGCUAGAGUCAGAAAGUUGAGAAUGCUGUGUUGUCUGGCAUAGCAAUUUGAGUUGAUAUGUGAAAGUCUAUGCUCCAACUCCCUUGAAACAAUAGAUUAUCACUAAAAUGCUUCAAUUCUGCAAAUUACCUGAUCAGAACUAUUAAGAAACUUAUCCAACUCAAAUGAGGAAACUGAGUUACCACUGCAGAAAAUCAUGUUUUGGUGAAAAGUGAUGUUGAAUUGUGUAUGUGGUGGUGUCACAUUUGAUUUAAGGUACUGUAUAUUUUCUAUUUGAAUUGAUAAAUAUCUAUUUUUCAACAAAUGUAUGGCACUGUAUGCUUAUAUAUGUUCAUGGACAUUUCAUCUUCACCAAUUUGUUUGUAGGGUAUAAAACUUUUGCUUCCAAGCUUUGGGCACAUUCUCACUGAAUGUGGGCAUUUUGAUACUUUUAAAACUGCACAAUAGAUCGGCCCAUUUUGAUCAUUUUUCCUAGAACCCUUUGCUUAUUCCCAAUCAACUGGAUGCAAAUAUUUUCCAUAGGUCUGAAAUUUACAAAUGGUUAGGAAUCAUGUUUUCUCAUACUUUUGUGUUGUUGCCUUGUCUUGAUAUGACUUGAUCAAUAGUUCGCCUAAUUCAUGGAUGAAACAACUUCAACUGCACUAUACUAGUAUAUCCAAGUUGACCCUUUUUAAGAAAACCAUGCCAACCGAAUCAACUAUGUAGGUGUUCUAAGACCUUAAAUGUGCACUAAAUUACACCAAACCAAGCGUUGCAUUAUCUCCUAUGCGAUAGAUCUUAUAGAUAUUAAAGGUUUUAAUUUACCAUGGAAGUCAAUUCAAGAAUACCAAGGCAAUAGAAGAAAGAUCCCAAUCGGGGAGUGGUAAAUUAUCUCACUUUCUAAGUUUAGUGUAGAAACAAAAAAAUUAUGUAAAUAAGAAAUCACACAAGUCACCAAGAUUUUAUAUUAGUCCAGCCUGACCCAAGACUUGCUUUAGCCUCUUUUUUAGCGGAACAAAAAGAUGUUUUAAAAAUAUUUGAAUCAAUUUAUCAGGUUCAACUGAUAUAAUGGGCAUCUCUUGGCAAAGUCAAGGUUUAAACCAUACAGAGAAAAUAGAUCCAACCAAGCCAGAAUUUUUUUCUGACUAAGUUUUCUGAACUGUAAUUUUGAUUAUUCUACUGUAAUUGAUUUCUCAUAGUAAAACGUAUGAGUGAAAAAAAAACUCAAUCAUCGAGAAAGAUAAGAAUCCAUCAUCAAGUCUUCUAUAAUGGUUGAACUGUUAUGCCUCUAGGCUUACACGCCUGAAUAAUGUAGAAACAAAGAAUCAAAAAAGCAAGAGCACCGGAAUUGACUAAUGAAAACUCAGGAUUUUAGAAGAGUCAAUUAUGUCCAAAUGAACUUGUUUUGUUUUGAGUACCUUUUUUAUUUGGCUUUGAGGAUUUGUGAUAUUUUAGUUGAACAGGAUUAACCCAGCUGUUUGACGCCAUCAGAAGGAUUGCCUUUUACUUUUCUCUCUUGUAGUUCAUGAAGAUACUCGCUUUCAUAUUUUUUAUGAGCACCCCCUUAAUAUCUCUAUGGAGUUUUUGAUGAUUUAAACAGUUAGUCUUUUUCGAGGUUUCAGGGUAGACGUAUAAGAGAAAAUUUCAGUAUUUGUGUUAUAUUUCAUUUUUAGUUUUUAUAAUUAGGUUCAUUGAAAAAUAAAAAUGUUACGAACACCAUUUUUUAGGUCCAAGCCAAGACAAAACACAUGGCUUCGCUGUCAUCAUCGUUUGGAGAGGUUUCUAGUAUGGAUCCAGACAAGCUUUCUACAUUUUGUUGAGUGGGGAGGUGCCUUAGAUUUUUUAAAUAAUGACUGCGUCUUCGUUCUUUACAGUGAAUUCAUCUCACAGGAGGGCCAAUAUAAAAGUCCUAGCAGAAGGUCGAAAUAAAAUGGUGGCAGUUGUGGGAAGGGUUUUACUCUUCUUGAAGCAUGAUGAUAUACCUCCAUUGUAAGUCCUGUCUCUUGGUUUUACAACAAUUUGUGAUUCACAGAUCACGAUGAUAAUUAGUAAUUCUGCCUGCAUACAGCCAGUUGUGUUUUUGAAGCAUAUUGCUGUAUUAUACAUCAGGGACAACCUGAUCUAAUAGAAUUACGAUUCACCAUUUUAAUUUGCCCUCGCACCUGCAGGUAUUACAUAAUGUGUGAUUCAGAGCAGACUCGUUUUGUCCUCUCAGUAUAUGGGCUACACAGUGACGCCGUAAGAAUUGUUUUUAAUGAAGCUCCAAGAGUGCUUUAUUUUUUUUGUUCCACCGUAUACAUACUAUUACUUACUUUUUCACUGGUUGAGAAAGUUUUUUGUUCUAGCCUUAGAAUUUAAAUAAAGAAGGGAAUGUUUUCUGUUUCUUUUAUGACUCUGGAUAUAUGGGCUAGUGCUUAAUUGUUUACGUCAAGGCCAAGCUCAAUAUAAUAAUGUAUCUUGGAAAAGAUAAUUUCCUUGUGGCUUUGGUAGAGCCUUAUUUGGCUCCUGUGCUGCUUUCAUGAAAAUAAAAAAUAUAUGUAUGUGUAUGUAUAUUGGCUUCCAUGUGUGACUUUCCGUUCCAAUUUUUUUGUUACUUUAUUAAAUUUCUUUGGGAUUAUGUUAGAGAAUUUUCCACGAGUCGAACAUUGUCAUGCAUGCUGCAUUAUUAUCAUUGUUACUUCGUGAUGUCUCUAUUCUCAUUGAACAUCUUCCGAAUUUCUUUUUGGCUUCUUUCUUACAUGCAUUUAGGAUCAUUGCAUUAAUUGUGCUGUGCUUUAUACAGAAACGUUUUGUAGCUCAGUGCUGUUGCUAACAACUGAGGACUCCUUUUUCUUUGCCAUUUAAGUGCAUUUCAUAGGAUGAUUUCGAAGAGUUUCCCUUAUUGCAGUUGAAAGAAGGGGACUGUGUGACUUUGCUUGAACCAUAUCACCAGGCAGUCGAUUUUUCUUGGAAGAACAAGGUACAAUAUCAUUUGUUCUUGUGUUUUCUUCAUGUUUUCCCUUCUAAAAAAUUUUAUAAUCACACACGGGCUUGCAUUUUUUCUUCUUAUAGUAUUUUGCAUUGAAAACGAGCAUGGUUCAUAUUUUUUCAUCAGUAGCGUAUUCUUUGUACGUUAAUGAAAACAGCAUUACAAAUUCAAUUCGAUACGUGUGGACUUCAUGGAGCAGCUACUUGUGAAUGGCAAAGCUCCAUCGGCUCAUCAUGCUGUCCAGUCUUUCAUUCAUGCUCAACAUAAACCUUGA